AAUUGCUCGAGACCCCGCCUCCCAUUUGCUGCAGGCAGGGUUCGUGCUGCUCGUUCGAGAUCCAGAUUCUGAGAUCUGUUUAGCGUUCACUGUCCAGUGUCCAAGCUGAACAAGCACACGCUCCCCGUCAGCAAACACACAUUCACACGGUCACACACACGAAGAGACACGCGUAUACAAUCAAGCGUAGCUAACUACAACAAGAGUUCUGGGAUUACGGAGCGGCAUGCAUUCAACGCGAAGGACGUGGUCAAUCGGUGUGGUCCAUCUGCCGGAAAUGUUUCUAGAUUCGACAACUCUGAAGUGGCUCCGCUGUUGGAUUCUGUUUGCUUCUUUCAUUUUCCACAAUACUAAGGCUCAAGAUGACGUGCCCCCCUACUUCAAGAUGGAGCCGGUUCGGACGCAGCUGCACCUGGAGAGGAACCGCCUGGUGCUGACCUGCAUGGCCGAGGGCAGCUGGCCGCUGGAGUUUCGGUGGAUUCGCAACGGGACGGAGCUGACCCGCUUCUCCCUGGAGUACAGGUACCUGAUCCCCUCCCUGGAGCGAUCGCAUGCCGGCUUCUAUCGCUGCAUCGUCAGAAACCGCGUUGGCUCCCUCUUGCAGCGAAGCACGGAAGUGCAGGUGGCAUACAUGGGGGGUUUCGAAGAGGGAGAGCGUUCACAGGUCGUCUCUCAGGGUGAGGGGGCUGUGAUUGCCCCCCCGCGGAUGCACAGCUUCCCCCAGCCUCAGAUCACGUGGUUUCGGGACGGACGAAAGAUUCCCCCCAGCAGCCGAAUAGCCAUCGCCCUGGACAACACCCUGGUCAUCCUGUCCUCUGUGGCCUCUGACUCCGGACGCUAUUAUGCACAGGCGGUCAACGACAGGAACGGGGAGAAUAAAACCAGCCAGCCCAUCACUCUGUCUGUGGACAAGGUGGAGGGGCCCGCUGACCCCAUCGCCCCCAAAAUCCUCAUCCCCCCAAGAAACACCAGUGUGGUGACAGGGGCAUCUGGGGUAAUCAUGGAGUGUGUGGCUAAUGCCAGACCGCUCACCGAGCUCAGUAUAACCUGGCGGAAGAACGGCGUUGUGGUAGGCAGCGGUCUGAGCGACUUCAACCGCAGGCUAACCGUGGUCUCGCCGACGGUCGGGGACGGCGGGCUGUACGAGUGCGAGGCGCAGCUUCUCGGCGGCAGCGCGCCGUCGGCCAGGGCUGCGGCUCACCUGCACGUGCUCGAGCCCCCCCAUUUUGUGAAGGAGCCUGAGAAACGCAUCACUGCUGAGAUGGAGAAGGUGGUGGAUAUUCCCUGCCAGGCCAAAGGGGUCCCGCAGCCGGACAUAGUGUGGUAUAAGGAUGCUGUGCCCAUCAGCCCGGUCAGGACGCCCCGGUACAGGGUGCUGGUGGGGGGCAGCCUGCACAUCAACGGCCUGCUGCCCGAUGACACCGGAAUGUUCCAGUGUUUCGCCCGCAACCGGGCCGGAGAGGUCCAGACCAGCGUCUACGUCGCCGUGACCAGCAUCGCCCCGAACAUCACCGCCGGGCCCAGCGACAGCGCGGUGAUCGACGGGCUGUCCGUCGUCCUCCGCUGUGACACGACGGGUGCCCCCCGACCGGCCAUCACCUGGCAGAAAGGCGAGCGGAUUCUGGCCAGCGGCUCUGUCCAGCUGCCCCGCUUCGCCCUGCUGGAGUCCGGCAGCCUGCUCGUAAACCCCUCCCACAUGUCGGACGCCGGCGCCUACACCUGCACGGCCAGCAACUCCCGCGGCAUCGACGAGGCGUCCGCCCGUCUGGUGGUGCUGGCUCGAACCCGCAUCACCAGCCCGCCUCAGGACCAGAGCGUCAUCAAAGGGACGAAAGCCGUCAUGGCCUGCGGAGUGACCCAUGACCCCAGCGUCACCGUCAGCUACGUCUGGGAGAAAGGGGGCGCUGUCCUCAACGUGGGCUCCACCCCCAGGAUGCGGCAGGAGGCUGACGGCACGCUGCACAUCUCUCAGACCUGGUCAGGUGACAUCGGGACCUACACCUGCAGGGUGACCUCCGCGGGGGGCAACGACUCCCGGAGCGCCCACAUCCGCGUCAGGCAGCUCCCUCACGCCCCGGAGAACCCUGUGGCCCAGCUCAGCCAAUCAGAGAAGAGGGCCAUUAACCUGAGCUGGGCGGAGCCCUUCGACGGGAACAGCCCCCUGAUUCGCUACAUCCUGGAAGUGUCUGAGAACAACGCUCCGUGGGCCGCGCUCCUGGCCGGCAUCGGGCCCGAGGCCGGCAGCGUGACGGUCAGCAGGCUCAUCCCCGCUCGCUCCUACCAGUUCCGCCUCUGCGCCGUCAACGACGUGGGCAAAGGGCCGUUCAGCCGCGAGACCACCCGGCUGUCCCUCCCAGAGGAGCCCCCGAGUGCCCCUCCUCAGACAGUGAUCGCGAGCGCACGCACUAACCAGUCCAUCAUGAUCCAGUGGCAGCCCCCGCCCGAGUCCCACCAGAACGGCCCCCUGCAGGGCUACGUCGUCCGCUACUGCUUGGCAGGGCUCCCGGUGGGCUACCAGUUCAGGAACAUCACCAACCCGGACCAGACCAACCUGCUGCUGGAGGACCUGAUCAUCUGGACCAGCUACGAGAUCGAGGUGGCGGCCUACAACGGAGCCGGGCUGGGCACCUUCAGCCACAAGGUGACCGAGUGGACGCUGCAGGGAGUGCCCACUAUCCCUCCUGGCAACGUGCGAGCCGAGGUGGUCAACUCCACCACCGUCCACGUGACCUGGAGCGCCCCCAGCCCCCAGUUCGUCAAUGGCAUCAACCAGGGCUACAAGCUGUUGGCAUGGGAACCAGGUCAAGAGGAGGAGGCUACCGUGGUGACGGUGAGGCCCAACUUCCAGGACAGCGUCCACGUAGGUUACGUCACAGGACUGAAGAAGUUCACAGAGUACUUCACCUCGGUGCUGUGCUUCACCACGCCCGGGGACGGACCGCGCAGUCCUCCUCAGCGACUGCGCACGCACGAGGACACCCCUGGUGCCGUGGGCCACUUGAGCUUCACAGAGAUCCUGGACACGUCUCUGAAAGUGAGCUGGAGAGAGCCGUCAGAGAAGAAUGGUGUUCUCACAGGGUACCGCAUCUCCUGGGAAGAGUACAACCGCACCAGCACCCGGGUCACCCACUACCUGCCCAACGUGACGCAGGAGUACCGGGUCACCGGUCUGACUGCCCUCACCACCUACACCAUCCAGGUGGCUGGGAUGACCUCCAAAGGCCAGGGCCUGCUGUCCUCCUCCACCAUCUCCUCUGGCGUUCCCCCCGAGAUUCCUGGCCCCCCCACCAACAUGGCCAUCUCCAACAUCGGCCCCCGCUCUGUCACCUUGCAGUUCAAACCUGGCUACGAUGGCAAAACGUCAAUCUCCUGCUGGCAGGUGGAGGCCCAGAUUGGUAUAGUUGGAGAGAACGAGGAGUGGGUGACUGUCCAUGAGCUGCCCAAUGAACCUGAUGCCCGGUCUCUCGUGGUGCCCGACCUCAACCCCUACACAUUCUACAGGUUUCGAAUGCGUCAGGUGAACAUCGUGGGCACCAGCCCCCCCAGCCAACCGUCCCGUAAGAUCCAGACCCUGCAGGCGCCUCCUGACAUCGCCCCCGGCAACGUCUCCUUGCGUACGGCUAGCGAGACAAGCCUGUGGCUGCGAUGGGUGCCCCUUCCUGAGUGGGAGUACAACGGCAGCCCGGAGCUGGUGGGGUACCGGGUCCAGUACAGCCAGGUCAGGCCCCAGGACCGGCUGCUCUACCACGUCAUCCCCGAUCGCCUGGAGCGCGAGUUCACCAUCGAGGACCUGGAGGAGUGGACCCAGUACCAGGUCAGCAUUCAGGCGCUCAACGGCAUCGGAGCGGGACCCUGGAGCCGGCCCGUCCAAGGGAGAACCAGAGAGUCCGUCCCUUCCAGUGGCCCCACCAACGUCUCGGCCUUCGCCGCCACCUCCAGCAGCAUCCUGGUGCGCUGGUCCGAGGUCCCCGAACCCGACCGCAACGGGCUGAUCCUGGGGUACAAGGUGUUGUAUAAGGACAGAGAUGAAGACUCUUCUCUGCAGUUCUGGACAGUGGAGGGGAACACCACUCACAGUGUCCAGCUUACAGGAUUGGGGAAGUACAUUCUGUACCAGAUCCAGGUCCUGGCCUUCACCCGCAUCGGAGAUGGGAUGCCCAGCUCACCCCCCGUCCUGGAAAGGACCCUGGAUGAUGUGCCAGGCCCGCCAGUGGGGAUUCUGUUCUCCGAGGUGCGGACCUCCUCUGUGUGCCUCACCUGGCAACCUCCCGCACAGCCCAACGGAAUCAUCCUGGCCUAUCAGAUGGCGUACCGGCUGAACUCCACCAGCAGCUCGGCGGCCGUGGUGGAGCUUCUGAGACCCGGCGCCCGGCGGCACACGGUGACCGGGCUGGAGCCGGAGCGGGUCUACGUGUUCCGCCUCACGGCCCAGACGCGCAAGGGCUGGGGAGAGGCGGCGGAGGCUCUGGUGAUCACCACGGAGAAGAGGGCUCGCCCGCAGCCCUCCGCCCGCCCCCUGGUGCCGCAGGAGGAGGUCCAGGCCCGCAGCGUGCUGUUGUCAUGGGAACCGGGCAGCGACGGCCUCUCGCCGGUGCGCUAUUACACCAUCCAGGCCAGGGAGCUGCCGGACGGCAACUGGACGGUCCACUCCGCCUCGGUCAGCCACGAGUCCACCUCCUACUUCGUGGACAGACUCAAGCCCUUCACUUCAUACCAGUUCAGAGUGAAGGCCACUAAUGACAUCGGGGACAGCGAGUACAGCGACUCGAGUGAGGCCGUCACCACGCUGCAGGAUGUGCCUGAUGAAGCUCCCACAAUCCUCUCUGUCACGCCACACACCAUGACCUCGGUGCUGGUACGCUGGCAGCCCCCCCCUGAGGAGAGGAUAAAUGGAGUUCUGCUGGGGUAUCGGGUGCGGUACCGAGAGCUCCACUACGACCGGCCGCACGGUUUCACCAUCCAAACCAUCAGCAGCCCCUCCGUCAGCUGGGCCGAGCUCACCUCCCCAUACAGUAUGCGCAACUUGAACCAGACCUCACUUACCCAGUACCAGCUGGACAAUCUUAGCAAACACAAGCGCUAUGAGAUCCGCGUGAGCAUUUACAAUGCGGUGGGAGAGGGGCCGACCAGCACACCCCAGGAAGUGUUUGUGGGAGAGGCAGUCCCCACAGCCCCGCCCCAAAAUGUGGCCAUCCAAUCAGCAACUGCCACCCAGCUAGACGUCACAUGGGAUCCCCCACCUUUGGAGGCGCAGAAUGGGGACAUUCAGGGGUACAAGAUAUACUUCUGGGAGUUCCAGCUCCGGAAUGAAACGGAGCGACAGCAGACGCUCUUCCUGCCGGAGAGCGGAGCGAAGCUGAAGAAUCUCACUGGCUACACCACCUACAUGAUCAGCGUGGCUGCCUUCAAUGCCGCUGGAGACGGCCCUCGCAGCACGCCCACCAGGGGGCGCACUCAGCAAGCAGCACCCAGCUCUCCCAGCUUCAUCCACUUCCGCGAGCUCACCACCACCUCCGUCAACGUAUCCUGGGGGGAGCCCACGCACCCCAACGGCAUGAUCGAGGGGUACCGCCUUGUCUACGAGCCCUGCACGCCCGUGGAUGGCGUCAGUAAGAUCGUGACGGUCGACGUGAAAGGCAGUGCCGCCCACUGGAUGAAGAUCAAGGACCUGGUGGAAGGAGUCACCUACAGCUUCCGCAUCCGGGCCAAAACCUUCACCUACGGACCCCACGUUGAGGCCAACGUUACGACAGGGCCCGGGGAAGGAGCACCUGGCCCCCCAGGGGAGCCCUUCAUAUCCCGCUCCAGCACGGCCAUCACCCUCCACUGGUCAAAUGGGGAUCCUGGACGAGCCCCCAUCACCCACUAUGUCAUCGAGGCUAGGCCUUCAGAUGAGGGACUGUGGGACAUCCUUGUCAAGAACGUCCCAAAGGAAGUGACGUCGUACACGCUUGACAUGAACACCCUGAAGGAAGGGGUCAGCUAUGACUUCCGGGUCAUUGGGGUCAAUGAUUACGGCUACGGCUCGCCCAGUGUGCCGUCACCUUCCAUCUCUGCCCAGAGGGUGGCGCCCUUCUAUGAAGAGUGGUCAUUUCUGUUGGUGACCGCACUGGUGGGCCUCAUCUUUAUCCUCCUCCUGGUCUUCAUUCUCAUCAUUCGGGGACAGAACAAGAAGUACACCAAGAAGUCAGACACAGUGUCCUCGUAUCUCCACCCAGUGAACCCGUCCUCCUGUAACGCCGUCCCCCUCACCCACGGGGCCAUGGCCAGCCUGGACGAGGCCCGCUUCCCCGCCCUGGAGCUCGGCAACCGCCGGCUGUCCGCCAAGAACUCCUUCUGCCGCAAGAAUGGUGUCCACGCCAGAUCUCCCCCUCGGCCUACCCCUGGCUGUCUGCAUUACUCUGACGAGGACGUCAGCACCAAGUACAACGACCUCAGAGCAGACAGCAGCAGCCUGACAGAGAAGCCGUCAGAAAUCUCAGACUCACAGGGCAGCGAGAGCGAGUAUGAAGUGGAGGAAGACAGGCGUAAGACGCACUCCUUCGUCAACCACUACAUCAGCGACCCCACCUACUACAACUCCUGGAGGCGUCAGCAGAGGAACCUGUCCCGGCCCCAGGCCUACGGCCAAGCCGAGCUGGAUUUGGCACGGGCAGAGCACCGCUCCUCGCCGCCCCCCCUCCCGCCCCUGCCCCCGUUUCCCCCGCCGCAGCCCAACAGCGCCCCCCAGCCCCAGGCCCCGCCCCGGGGUGCCCUGUUCAGCUCUAAAGGCAGCCGGACUCCCACCCCCGCCCCGCUGUCCCCCAGUUCUCCCAGCCACCACAGCGCCCCCUACAGGCCACCCUCCAGCCUGGGCCCAGGUGCGCAAACACCCGUCGCCGGAUUCUCCUCUUUCGUUUGACGUGUUGGAAAAACACAAAAAAACAAACAAAAAAUUCUAAUAUUUAUAGCAACUCUGAAUAUCUUUGAUUUUUUUGUCAUUGUUUCCACUGGUUUCUUCUUUUUUCUGUUUGGUUCUUUCCAUUCUAACAGUGCUGUUUAAUGGAAAAUAACAACUCCAUUUUUCAGAAACAUGAACAGAUCCUUUUUAAGCUUGUGCAUACCUGUGUUUGUGUGCAGGACUGUCUGUGUAUGCCCGUGUGUGUUUUCUGAACAUCAGUCAGAACUGUUUUGCAGUUUUAAAAGAUUUCUUGAGCUGAUCUUUCACUUUCACAUCAGCAAAUGAAUAAGCCGGUGAGAUUCUUGGAAAAAAAUAUUGCUCUUCUGAAGAGGAAUUAUUUAAAAAUAACCGACAUCAGUGGAUGAUGAUUGAACAGAAAUGCGAAAAAAAAGGCACAGAAAAUGGAAGCUGGAAGAAGCCAAGUCCACUGCUGUCGUCUGCUUUCUACAGAGCACUGUCCACACCGCCAAGAUGUUAAAGAUCUCAUGCUGCCGCGAUUUGAGCCUCAUGUCAAGCGACGAUGACGAGGACGCCUCCGUGCCACACCACGGUGAUGUCACUUGAAAAUCACACCAGGGUGACAACACUCCGCCCGGUCACACUGAAGAACGGCGACUGCCGUGUGUGCUUCGUUCCUGUUGAUGACAUCAUUGGUGGAAGGACGAGCCAGGGACUGGUGUCAAGACUCCUCUGCUUCUCUGCUUACCGAUAGUGACUCUGCAUUGACUGCAUUGAUUGUCUUUCUGCCCCCUCUGCCACCACCUCACUAUGGUGUGAGGUUCACCAUGUUUUAACCAGGUGUAAACAUCAUGCAGUCGAGGUGAAAGUGUUUUGGAGAACAGUGUAAUGUUGCAACGUCAGUGUGAAGAUGAGAUGGACUAUCAAAGGGUAAUUCAUAAAACGUGAACACAGCCUUGAAUUGCGCUUCUCUUCUCUCUUGAUUGAACAACUUGGCAUCAUUCAUGACCAGUCAUAUUGCAUUUAGCGCACUUACCAAACAAUGGCUGGCAAAGUUCAGAUAACAUCACUGUCUUAUGAAUAGCCUCCAUUGUAUCUGUGCGAGUGGAGCUUUUCAGUGUUUAUUCAGCUGAGUACACAAUAACCAG